AGUCAAGUGAUCUGGCCUUCAAGGCAAGAUGUUGAUAGGUUUAUGCCAGAAGGUUUUAAAARGCUUUAUGCAAGCACACGYGUCAUUUUAGAUUGUACAGAGAUUUUUGUUCAAACACCUACCUCCCUACUACUUCAGUCGCAGCUUUAUUCUAGUUAUAAGAAUAAUACUACACUCAAGGGUUUGAUAGGCAUUACCCCUAAUGGAGCUAUUAGCUUCGUUUCUAGUCUUUACACAGGGGGGAUUAGUGAUAAGGAAAUCACAAGGUGCAGCAGUAUUCUAGAUUUGUUAGAACCUGGUGAUUCAGUCAUGGCAGACAAAGGGUUUGACAUUGAAGAUUUACUUAGGGAGAAGCGGGUAGAGUUAAAUAUUCCUCCGUUUCUUGAAAGUCAGGAACAAUUCUCUGCUGCAGAUGUUCAAAAAACAAAGACAAUAGCAAGUCUUAGAAUUCAUGUUGAGAGGGCAAUAAGAAGAGUCAAAGAGUACCACKUUUUUGAUUCAGAUGUGCCAUUGUCCACUUUAGGUUCAGUCAAUCAGUUAUAUACUGUAGCCUGCCUCCUUACAAAUUUUCAAGGCCCACUUAUUUUAGCCAGUGGUAAUAAUGAGGCAUAGUGUCUGUAAAAAGUUGGUCAAUGUAUGAUUAAUGUGGCUUACAUAACCCAUUAGGUAAUCUUUAAUGCAGGUUGGUUUAUCAUGUGUCUUAGAUUGUUUUUGUAACUAUUACAAUAAUAUAAUAUUUGUUAUCAUAAGAAAUCUGGCCAUGGUUUGAGAACAACAACAAAAAUCUUAGUGUAUUAAUGUAAAUAGUAAUUGAAGAAAAAAYUAUCAACUUUGUCCUUUGCUUGCUGGAAAAACACUGAAUCAAAAUUAAUUCUAGAGCAAACAAACAAAUUUUCGUCAUUGUAACUGAAAAAAUCACACCAUUCUAAUCCUGUGAGUCCAAGCUGGCACUGGAUCUGGUAAUAAUAAAUGUCUGUUGUUUUCA